GUCGACAAAACCAUCGUUAGAAGUUGUAUUAUAUGUUAUCACUAGAAGCGUUUAUGAUAAGUUUUUAUUGCGAAAUCGUUGGAACGUGCCACGCAUCUGUAUCGAUAUGUAUUAUUACCAUUCACAGGGUGACCUUUCCACGCGCGCAAAAAGGUGAGAAAAUUUUGCAUUUAAAGUUUAUGCUAAACAACCUAGUGAGACAAACAACACUAUUUUUAGACUUUGGAUCAGACAGAUUCUCCGAAUUCACACCAACUAUGUCAGCAGUCAUUUUCCACAUCGCCGGUGCAUUGCAGCGGUUCAAAACGAGAUAAUCACAACAAGAGCAUCUGUAAUGCAUUCAGGGCCAUAUAAAAGCACUCGGCUGGCAAAGACCCGGCUCCAUUAGACCGAAAAGACAGCAUCAACCAAGUGCCACUUGAAAAUGGCUUAUCACUUUACGAAGGCCAACGUUUCGUUGUGGUUGCUGGUGUUCUGUGUCUUCGGUAUCCUUUCGAGUCGCAUCGAUUCGGUGGACGGCCAACGGUUUUGCGGCAAGGUGCUGACGGAUACGUUAACUGCCUAUUGUGAGAUAUUUCCCACGCCUCGCCCAAGCAAACGUCGAGUUAUCGAAGCCGCUGACUUCCGAUAUGCGCUGUUUCCGAACGUUCCACCAGCAAUAGAUGAUCAACCGCAUGUUGUUGAGUCUCUUCAUUCCGUGCCCGGAUUCAAAACUGAGCCAAAGUGGAUGAGAGCACUUUUCCGGAUCAAAGAUGACGCCAACUACGACAAAACUAAAGUGGUGGUGGAUGGCACUGAUAGUUUGUCUAAUUCGGAUGGUUUCCAGCUGGGAAAACGUGGAGUUGUGGAUGACUGUUGCUACAAACCUUGUACGCUUCAGUACCUGUUGAAGAAUUAUUGUGGCUAGGAACGUAGAUGAAAACCAUUCCCUUCAUUGUGAUUUUGCGAAACUAGCUGCUAGCUAGUGCUGUGUUUAAAUGUCUUAUUAUCAAUUAUUGGAUUCAAAUAAAAAGACAUCGUACAAUUAGAAAAACGAAAAGUUUAUAUUUGAUGUAGCAAAGUUUGAAAAUACAAAAAAAAAAGAUUUUCUGCUAAGCAGGAUUUUAUUUCAUAGUGGUAGUAGGUAGGUAGUUUAUAAUGCUUCUAUAAGUACUAAUUAGCUAUGCGUUUUUAGAAAUAAAUGUUUUAAUGAGUUAUCUUCUAUACGAAAUCCACGAGGGAUUGUUCGGGCUUAUUGCUUAUUUUUUGUCAGAACAUACAGAAGAUUUAGAUAAUAAAUCUAGACAUGCUAGUGGAAUACGUGUAAGUGAAAAGAAAAUCGAGUUAAAUAUUUUUUUUUUUAUAAAUUUUUCCUGCAAAAUUGUUAUUGUUUUAUUCAGUGCAAUGGUUUGAUGCGGACUCAUAUGCACAACUGUAAUGUUAUUCUUAGGUUCUAAUGACCAUUGAAAAAUAAUUUAGUUUCUGUACUAUUUCAUCAACACACAGAUAUUUGUCAUUCUU